AUGCCCGCCCUCCCUGUUCCAAACUCUCCCCUCGCCUUCCUCCCCCCCCGCCCCUCCCCCCUCUUCCUUUCCGCCCUGUCUCUCAGCCCCCUCCACCAGCUCUGCACCGUUUUCUACUACACCGACUUCGUCUCGUCACAUCCCUCCGACAGUGUCAUAGGGGCGGGACUUCUGGCCCCUACGACACUGUACCACAAAUCCCUCUUAUCACCCACUCUGCUGUUUAUUCGUUUCCCCCUCUCCCCUCUUCUACCUCUCCCCUUUCCCUCCUCUUCCCUUUCCCCCUCUCCCCUUUUCUCCCUCUUCCCUUUUCUCCCUCUCCCUUUUCUCCCUCUCCCCUUUCCUCCCUCUCCCCUUUCCCCCCUCUCCACUUUCCCCCCUCUCCCCUUUCUUCUCCUCCCCCUCCACCCCCCCUUCCUCCAGCUCCGCACCUGCUUCUCCUACACCGACUUCUGGCCCACCGACCGAUUUUGCCCCCCUACGACACUGUCUCUUUCCAAACCUGUAGGGGCUGCUGACAUGGCAGGGGUGCACAAGAGGCUGGGCGAGGCAGCUGGGUGCGCUGUGGCAAUGUUUGAGGUGCGUUUUGAGAGAGUGAGAGGAAGCCACGCAGUAGCGUCCAUUUCUUGCCAUCUCUCCGUCACCACGCUCACCAGCCUCUCUCGCUGGCCUCUCAUGUUGCUCUCCCUCCUCGACUGCAUCACCACCACUGCCACCCUCUCUGGUGGCAAUCUCACCAGUCGCCCCACCACGCCCUCCCCCUGGCUCUCGGUCUCGCGACCGUUGUAG